AGCAGGAUGUCCAUAUGGACAACACUAAUCCCUCCAGCAACCACCUUAGCAACACCCCUAGCAACCACCUCCAGCAAAGCUACGAUCCCCAGGAGAACCCAGACAACAAGAAGCGAGCACCUCGUCUCCUGGACAGAGAGCAGCUGUCUAGGAGACCCUCCUACAGGAAGAUACUGGACGAGUUAGCCAGUGAGAGCGGGGCUGAUAACAAGCAGGAUGGGGAGAUUAACCGGGUGGUUACCCUGGAGACCCAACAACAACACCCUCAGGUCUCUCAACCUGAUGUCAUCACCAUUAACAACACCAACCCUCCACAUCAGCAGCAGAUACUAGCCGGCCCCCAGGCUAGUAACAUGGGUGGAAUGUUCCACGUAACUACAGAUGUGAUGUCCAUGUUAGCCUCCACUCUUACAAACUCUACCAAUAAUACUGGCAUCCAGCCAACAGUGGUCACCCUCCCCCAGGGUGCUAACUCCGACCAGUUUGCUACUAUCAUGAGCUUCAACAACAACCAGGCUGAGCUACAGAACCUCAGUGCUACCCAGGUGCUGAGUAACGUGAUCCAAGCACCCAGGAAUGCGGUUAGAGCCGCUCCUUACUACAAUAUCCACCUGCCUCCUAGCAACCAGGGGGUUAUGACUCAGGGAGGAAUGUCAGGUGGUAACCACCAGACUCCCCAGCAGUUAGCGGAUGUGGCCAGCAAGAAACGGGAGAUACGGUUCAUGAAGAACAGAGAGGCAGCACGACACUGUCGGGUUAAGAAGAAGGAGUACUUGAAGUGCUUGGAGGAGCGGGUACAGAUCCUGGAGGGGCAGAACAAGAAACUUAUUGACGAGCUAAAGGCGCUGAAAGAGUUCUACAUGCAACACAAGAAGGAUUAUCCAGACCAUAACAUCUGAGGAGCUAGCAUAUUAUGAGCAUUUUAUGAGCAUAAUCCCUUGGAUCAUAUUAUCUUGAUGUACCCUGCUCGAUACGCGAGGAGUUAUUCAGAAGAUAAGGAUUAUUGAGAUAAGAUGGCCGUAUUUCUGUAUUUGUUGUGGAUAUCACGCCGAGUACACGAAAAUACGAGAGAAAGGAUUAUACAUCUUUGAUUUUUUACAUCUGUUAUAAUUGGUCGAGUACACGGCCAUAAAGAUUCUUUACGGGCUAAACAAUGAAAUAAAACGAUGCAACUCUUCAACUGGGAUUUUUAUCAUGCUUUAGAAGGACUGGCUAACCAUUUCAAAGUUUCAGAUCUUAUCGAUCUUAAAAUUAUUGUUCUAUCAUGGUAUAAAACUUUCAAGGUGUUGUAAUAUUUUGGGAUGAUUUUGAAAUAAGUUUAGUAUGCAAAUAAAAGGGGACAUAUUACCACUAGUGAAAGUGGGUUUAAUUAUUACUACUACCACUAUAUAAGUAGUUAUACAGCUGCUAUAUGUGUUUCUAUAUUAUGCUACGCUUAAUCCAUAUGUUGUCGCUGAUGUGGAGUUAUCAAUUAAAGGUUAAUAACAAUUGUUAACUAAGCGUUGAUUAAAAUAAGCGAGCGAUAAAACAACCGUUUUUUUGAGGUGAAGGACCUUCAAACCUCACACACAUUUACAAAUAUCUGAAUAAUUUGUUAUCAUCCGUACUUAUGUUGCAUUGUGAAUGCAUUGGUUUAAAACUGUGUUUUGAAACAAUUUUAUAACAUAUUUUUGAAGC